UUUUUAUCCUUUUUUUAUUUUAUCAGUUCCUUAGAUACUAUGUAUCUGGGACGAGUUGGUGCCUUUGCGAUAUCUCAUCUUGGCUACCCACCACAGUAUUGCCAUUGUUAUCAACGGAUGGGUGCUUUAAGAUGCGAUUUGUUCGCUUUUGGCAAUGCUCCCUGAUUCGUUUUUUGAGGAUACACUUAAUUCAGCAGUGGACGACUAUAUUCCCGUCUACAAACAUGGGAAGUUUGCUGACCUCGGCUCCUUCACAGGGCUCGAUCAAUAAACAGAUCUCCCGCUACGAGACGACAGCUGUAUAUACCCAUCCCGAUGCUAAAGUCGAUAUCGUCCUUGUUCAUGGUUUGAAUGGUGACCCGCAGAAAACAUGGACGGCCAAAAAUGGCGUUUUCUGGCCGACCGACCUGCUUCCCACCUCUCUGAGAGACGCUCGCGCAAAUGUUCUCGUGUACGGAUAUAACGCCGAUGUAUAUUCGAAGAAGCACGGGUCCAACCCGAGCGACAACUUCAUAUAUAUGCACGCACAAACAUUAGUGACGUCACUCACGCAUUACCGGAAAGAUGAGAUGUCGUCUCAAAAUCCCAUCAUAUGGGUGUGUCACAGCUUAGGCGGGAUACUUGUGAAGCGCGCGCUGUUGUACUCGAACGAUUUGAGAGCCUCGCAACAUGAGGACUACCGAUCUAUAUAUGUCACUACGUACGGCAUGGUCUUCCUCGGCACGCCACAUACAGGCUCUGAUGUGGCAGCGUGGGGAACUAUGCUGCAGUCGAUGUCAGACGCUGUGGUGCCUAAAACCUUCUUUCAGUCGGAAUCAGUACUUCUGAGAACGCUGAAGAGAGACAAUGAGACGUUACAAAAUAUUAAUAGUCAUUUUCUCGACAUAUAUCAGCGAUUUAAGAUACUUAUGGCGCACGAGAAUCACAAGACGGAUUUAAAGGGAACUAGGGCACUCAUAGUCGAUGCAAACUCCGCGGGCCCACAGCUGCCAGGUGUGACGUACUACGCCAUUGAAGCGACACACUCUGGUAUGUGCAAGUUUGAGAGCAGGAAUGCACCAGGUUACAGGACUGUGGCUACGGCUAUUCGGGAAUGGGUCGUAGAUGCACCCGACGUUAUCGCUACCCGGUGGAGGGUAGAAGAAGACGAGAAGUUGGCGAGGGCAAAACACGAAAUAGCAGAAAGGAUGAAACCAUGGCUUGACUCGCAGCGCCUCCAACAGGUUGGCCAAGGAUCCAUUCCUCAGCAGCAUAAUGAGACUACAUUACCCCUAUCCCAAGAUCCCACGAAGAUCGAUCAUCAAUCUAGACCGCUUAUUACCGCUCCCGAAACACCCAAUCAGGGGCCGGAAGAGGAAUUCUUUCCGUCACAGCAAUCUAAGUCGGAUGAUGAGCCAUCUCAGGAGCCUAUAUUCGUCAAACCGACGGUAUUCCGACCUAACACGUACUUUAAAGGUCGAGAUAAAGAGUUGAAACUGCUGCACAAGAUGCUGAUGGACCGCAAAAGGAGAUCGGUAGGCACCUCCUCAGUCCUAAUCCAGAGCAUGCCCGGUGGUGGUAAGACUCAUCUAGCACGCCAUUAUGUCUUUAAACACAGAUACGACUACCCGGGUGGCAUUUUCUGGAUUCGAGCAAAGUCACUAGAGGAAAUAGACUAUGGUUAUUGGGAUAUCGCUAAGACGGUGGGCCUAAGUGAGGUGGCUUAUCCGGGUCAAAGUGGGUUUAGUGAUACUCGUAGGAUGGUUAAGGCUGUUCAAGCAUGGUUGAGUAGCAACGACAACUGGCUGCUAGUCCUAGACGGCAUUCACUUCGACCAUCCCGAUCUCCAACACUACAUACCAUUUACUAGGAAUACUAGCAUCAUCUACACAUCGACGGAGCGAACGCCGGGCGAAGACUACCAAUUUGAUAACCCCCAGGUCAUGGCGUUGGAUUCAUUGAGUUUACAGGAGGCUCGGGAAUUGCUUUUCGAUGAGAUGGGAAAGAAACGACCAUAUACACAGGAUGAUUUGAAACGCGCAGAGGAGCUGGUCGAUUUAAUGGAUCGGCUACCCCUUAUGAUUCAUGUCGCAGCGCUGCACCUGAAGGCCACCAAAGAACCUCUUGCAAAAUACUUGAGAUCGUACCGAAGUCGUCCGAAGGUGGGGAAGUUGCCAGCCUACCGCGCGGUUCGUGAACAACUUGAGCAUAGAGGAGCCAGUGCUGCGCUCAAUUUGAUGUCUCUGCUCUCUUUCUUUGGUCCACACAUCCCGGUCGAAAUGAUAGUACUAGGCGCCAGAGCUUUGGACAAAAGGACACCGGUUAGAUCAGCGGAUCUCGAAACACGGAGGAACUCGUUAAACAACACGUUCAAGAUACUUAUUUCAUUUGCCCUCGUGGAGAGGAACGAAGUUAACGAGGCCUUCUCGGCGGCUAGUACACGUAGCACGCGUAGUGUUGACAUGGGCCAAGACAGCCUCGAUAUUCUGAGAAUUCACGGGAUUGUUCAGGCUUUCUUCGUCGAUGUCCUUGCUGAGGAGAAGCAAGCGCAUUUCUGGCUGGAACGCGCAACUUGUGUCUUUUGUAAAGCUUUCGAUGUGAGCGACAGCAGAGUUAAUCAAGAUUUUCGGACGGGAGUACCGGAAGACUUUAGAAGAUUCCGGAUUCAUGGGGAACGACUACUAGCUCACCUCGGGCGCUUCGAGAGAAGAUAUCCCGAGCUGAAGCAGUGUCGAGAACUAGUAGAAUCACGUUUGAGUACUAUUGAUAAGCGGAUCGAUCAGCUCACCAAGAGGAUUACGGAGGUCUCUAGUCAGGGAUCUGCAGCGGCGAUCUUGUCGGUAUUUGAGCGGAACAACAGUUUAUCUGAAGGAGAUUCGGAGACGCCUCCGAGUAACAAUAGCAUAGCUGAACCCUACAUGCUAUAUGACGAAUUCUCGCCAUUGGAGUCACCUGCUAUUUACGAUCCCAUCAACGCAAACCCUUACCACUGGCACGUUACUUACCCAUACGGUAUACCUUACGACGACACAGAUUAUUCCAGAACAGUUACGCCGCAACCAGCACCGACGGAAGUCUUCGAGUCGAUGACUAUGCCAGACGAUGACGAGAUUACGCGUGAGGUAUUUGGGCCUCAUCAUCGGACUAUCAAAAGGCACUCCACACGACGUUACCGUGACCAUGCUGGUUCUUGGAGAGCCGCCUCACAGAUUCUCAGCGAUCCCCGUGUUAGUAUCAGCCGCGAGACAGCAAAGGGUAUCAUCAAUGCAGGAACAAUUCCAGAGGAAUCCAAGCCACGUUCUUCCAGCGAUAGCCUAACGUCAGAAGCGACCCAAGCGCAAUUGAACCUUGAUCGUAUCAAUAGGGGACGGUCACCUUCGUUCCCACAGGCGAGCUUAGAGGGCAACAUUGAUGCUAUCAGUGACACUAGUACGAUCGUACGCCCGAGACUUACGGCAGGUAGACCAUCUUAUGCUGAUGCCAAGGCCGAGGCUGCUGUCGGAGAUGAUUAUCCUGUCUCAGUAACGUUUUCCAGUCCGGCACCGUCGCCCAACUAUGCUAUGGCAACGAUUUUGAAACGUAAAGAGAAUGAUCGUUCUGUAUCGCUCGAAGGCCUUGCUCCCGUGAAAAUCUCCAGCCCCCUAGCCGCAGCUCCACUCACCACUACAUCUCCCCCAUCACCUAGCCCGCCAACGACGCAACUACCUGUAUUGUCGGAAGGUGAGGGAAGUGGGCAUGUUUUUAAGCCGCCUUCACGGCCAAAUUCAACUUCUUCCAGACACCCUUCGAGGCCAUCUUCGGUGCCUUUGUCUAAAUCUGUACGAUCUAGCCCAUCGCAUGCAACGGGUCCUUUCGCGCCACCCCCUCUCCCGAUCGAAGUCAAUACAACUAGUAGUUUGCGCUCACCUCCGCUAAAUACUCAUUUGGAUACAAGCAAUCGACUGCCACAACAACUCAUUGAUAGGAAUGUCGAAUAUGCAUCUCUAGCUCAUUCACUGCCAUCAAUCCGAUCCCAAUCUAAUCCGCCAUACCUACGUGCAGCGCCUAGUCUCCCCGAAACUCUCACCACCUUGGAUCACCCACCACCGUGGGCGGUAGCUCCUAAUCUGCAGUCACAAGGGUACACUAGCCAGCCAAUGUCACGAGAUCCGAGCCACCAAUCAAGCCAUAGUCACGGCUCAAAUAGCUCACUACCUCGCAAUGGAUCACCUCUAGCCCGAAUCUCAUCGUCGUCUGGCUCACAGAUAAUGCAGAGACCUCACUCGCGCCGCCCUAGUAUGGUUGAGACAGAGCCUAGCCCGAAACUUAACGGACUCGAGCUAGAACCCCUUGACACCAGCUACUCGCUAUACGGCGAGUCCGCUCGGGGUCGCAGACGCACUGCCUCAGGCACUUUGCCGUAUCCUUCGACUCCGGUUUCAUCAAAUUUCAUAUCUCGGUUCCGGUCUAUGAGACGGGACAGUGGCAGUCGUCGCCAUAAGUCGGCUAGUGGACGCCUUAUUAGUCUGACUCGCGGUUCGAGGAAUCAUACGAGCCCAGACCUGGAAGCGGCGGCCGGAGGCGAAGCUAUGUCGCGGUCUGGAUCUGGAUCUGGCGGGAUUCGCCUCAUAGAUGGCACAGUCGUGGAAUUUGGAUCCCCGCCCCUUGGGAGCCAGCCACCGACAAAUUUGAGCCAAGUUACUGUCGCCGCCGGCGGUGACGGUGCUGGUGCUAACGCUAGUCGAACUAAUAGCAUGAGCCCGCCAACUGCCACGAGCCCCCCUACCCAUGGAUUAUCUAGAUUUAGCCCCCAUCGCCUCAACGGAAAGAGGGAAGGAAGGAGGAGGACCGGAAGUGACAAGGUGGAAAACCGCACCGCCGCUUCUACCCCCACCCCCGCUAUAGGCCUUGGGAUUCAAGAGCCACCACGACGAUCGACCUGAAGUCUUUCAUGUGAAUAAAUACUUCUGUUUCUGUAUAUACAUACAUGUUGCUUUUAGGGCAGGAAAAGUCUGUAACAUUACAUCAACUGUGUUCAUUCGUUACCAGGGUUGGAUGGAUUGCACCUAUCUACCUACAUAUAGGUAUUAAGGAGGAGAGAGAAUGUGGACAGCUAGCUGUACUUGACUUGGUUGACACCAUCAGGUACAUAUGGCAUAUAAUUUGGCAUCGCAUCGCAUCGCAUCAUAGGUACCGGAUCGCAUAUAUACCUACCUAGGUAACUAGUAGUAUCAAAUAAAAAAUAACAUGCAUCGUAGGUUAGGUUAGGUUAGGUUAGGUUAGGU